GGAGCAGUUUGCCAUUGACCCAGAUCACUGAUAAAGCCUGUCAUGAGGCUGAGAUUUACAAAGAUGCUGGAGUUAUUGUAUUUUAAUGUAAUUAAAGUGCUCUGUUUUGUGGACUCACUGGAGAAUGGAGUAUGCCCAGGCAGCAGAUCAAGCACCUCCACUUCCCCUCUAAGCAGAUUCAACCUGUUCUGGUUGUGCUGGCCCCUUUGUAGUAUAUAUUAUGCAGGGUACAAAAAGCACCUGUGUCUGUUUCUGCUAAGUAUAACCCUUCCAUGACAUACCCCUGGCAGCAAGUGCUCUUCUACUUUGCAUAUCUAGAAGAGAAGAUCUGAAAGGCCAGUCUCAGCCAAAGGCAACAAAAUGCAGCUGCUGCAUGGAUAUGGCAAGGAAUGAUGGUUGGAGUCUUAGUGGAACCUGCACUUUAGCACGGAGAGAAAUCUUUGAUGGCUUGAUAGUGGAAAAUAUGCAUGACCUUCCUUACACCGUUUCUGUUGGGCCAGAAAUAACUGCAGCAAUGGCAGUCAUUAGUGCUGCAGUGAAACACACCUGCCCACGUCUCCCAUUGGGUAUCCAGAUUCUGUGUUCUGCAAAUCAACAGGCUGUAGCUGUUGCUCUUGCUGCAGGUCUCGAUUUUAUCCGAGUUGAAGGGUUUGUUUUUUCUCAUGUAGCUGAUGAAGGGAUGAUAAAUGCCUGUGCAGGUGAUCUGCUAAGAUACCGAAAACAAAUUGGAGCACAGCAUGUUCAAAUUUUUGCCGAUAUUAAAAAGAAACACAGCGCUCACGCUCUGACAGCAGAUGUCAGUAUAUCAGAGACUGCUAAGGCUGCUGAGUUCUUCCUUGCUGACGGGAUUGUAUUGACUGGAACAGCUACUGGAAUGCAGGCAGAUCCUAAAGAAUUGAAAGAAGUUGAACAUGCUGUGAAGAUUCCAGUGCUGAUUGGGUCUGGAGUGACGCUGGAGAAUGCAAGGAGCUACCUGGAUGCAAAUGCUUUAAUAAUUGGUUCAUAUUUCAAGAAAGAAGGUUACUGGGCAAAUAGUGUUGAUCCUGACCGAGUAAAGAAAUUUAUGGAUCAUAUAGAUUCGUUGGGUUGGAAAUGUUUUUACUUCAUGAACUAUCUUAUGGAAAAAAAACAGUCAAAUGUAAAUAAAAAUGACAAGUUCUGAUUCUA